UUGGCUCGAGCUGCGGUCGUCAUGCUGGACUCGCUCAUGUUCCUCCUGGAGAAGCUCAUACUGCUCGCGCACGUCACUAUCUCCAGCCUGCUCUCCCCGCGCGGUGCGGAUAACGGGGACAAGCCGCCCUCCAAGCACUUUGAGCGGGCUGGGAUCCCGGCGGGCACCGGGGUGCCCCAGUACACCGGGGUGCCCCAGUACACCCACAUCCACCACGACCAAUUCAAGCCGGGCGAUCUGCUGGAGGUCCCCCGAACUCUGUUCACCCACUUUGGCAUCUAUCUCGGAGACGAACGCGUCGCGCACCUCAUCCCGGACAUCCUCCCGGUGCUGAAGAGCGAUGACCGCCAGAUCCGCGAGAUGGUGACCAACACGCGCCUGUUGCUAGGUGUGCUGUCCAAAAACGCGAGCGUGCGCGUGGACAACGUGGAGGACUUCGCGUAUGGCGCCGCGAUGCUGGUGAACGCGAUGGACCGCGUCGCGCCUCGUCCUGCGCUCGACAACGCGGAGGUGGCGCGGCGCGCGGAGAAGCUGGUGGGUGCCGUGACGUACAGUCUGCUCUGGAACAACUGCGAACAUUUUGUGACGUACUGCCGCUACGGCGCCGCCACCAGCAGCCAGACCGAGCAGUUCUGUGAGUGGUGCAAGUCUCUGAUCCGAGACCAGCGGUGUCUGCUCCUCUCCGUGCUCCUGGGCAUGGCGUCCAUGGUGUGUUUGGGCGUUUCCCUGGGUACCGCCCUGCCAUCCCUCCUCGUCCCCUUCACCCUGUGGAUGGUCAGUUAGGCCCGGUGACCGACGGUUACGAGGAAAUUAGACUUGUGUGGUACAAAGAUCGUCGCGUACGAAUGCUGACCUGACUUUUCUGGACGGGGUCAUCAUCGGAAGUUGGAGUGGCCUCGGCCCAAGAGCAAGAGCCACGACUCCCGCGCCAGGACAGAGGGAGGGAAACACUCUCCUCCGUCUCCCUUUACAGUCCACCUUCUAACUGCGGAGCAGUCCAUGAAAUCUCAACGAGCCUCUUAUGUCGACUUCACUCGCACAUCUGAUGUGGUAUGAAGAAAAGUGACAUCAUUUCCAUUCCUCUGUGUACAUUGUUAAUCCAUAAAUGAUUCGCCUUGUCGGUCUUCGAACCUACUCACGAUCAAAUGCAUGUAGAUAGCAUGUAUAUCAUUUUUAAUAAAUGCUAACUGCGGCCCUCUGCCCAGGGACACGUAUGGCUCCCGCACCAGAGGUUGGUUAGCCUUCCUCUAGAGGAGCGCUCUGCAUCAACUCGUUCAGAUCGGAACUUCUUCGAGACAUAAAUUCCACAAAGUGCUGUUUCUCCGGGAUGGGACAUUGUGUGAAAGCUUUGUAUUGUGUGUAAAUAGUGUUUCUGUGUUGUAUACUGUUUACAUGCAGUCCAUAUAUCAGACGAUAUACGACGCAGGGAUGUACGGAAUGCUUUUGUAAAUAUUUGUAACCACUCUUUGACUUUGAUUGUUUUCUAACAGUCAAAUUGAAGUUUGUAGAUUUUUUAUAUAUUUUUUGAUAUCCUAACACUUUAUACUGUAUUUUCAUCAAAGAAAAUAAUAAAAUGUU